CCAGUAUACUAACUUUAUAUUAUUUAAUAUAGAUUUAAUUUUAGUGAAACAAACAUUGCGGAUUUUAUUACGUUAAAUUCCGUUAAACUUUAUUUAUUUUAACGUUUACAAUUUUUGUUCUUGAACAGGUGUCGUAAACAUGUCGAAACCAGUAGGAGAUAUUGCCUUAAUCGGUUUGGCCGUUAUGGGUCAAAAUUUAAUUUUAAACAUGAACGAUCAUGGAUUUGUGGUUGUCGCUUACAAUCGAACUGUUGAAAAAGUUCAAAAUUUCUUAGAAAAUGAAGCCAAAGGUACAAAGGUUGUAGGAGCCACAUCUUUAGAAGAUAUGGUAUCAAAAUUAAAGCUACCACGUAGAGUAAUGAUGCUAGUUAAAGCCGGUCCUGCGGUUGAUGAUUUUAUUAAAAAAUUAGUUCCCUUACUAUCAAAAGGUGAUAUUAUCAUUGAUGGUGGCAAUUCAGAAUACACCGAUACAAUACGUAGAUGUAAGGAAUUAGAGGCUAAAGGACUGUUAUUUGUUGGUUCUGGAGUUAGUGGAGGUGAAGAGGGUGCUAGAUAUGGCCCAUCUUUAAUGCCUGGAGGUCACGCUGAAGCAUGGCCACAUAUCAAACCUAUCUUCCAGGCAAUCAGUGCAAAAGUCAAUAAAACUGAACCCUGUUGUGAUUGGGUUGGUUCCGAUGGUGCUGGCCAUUUUGUGAAAAUGGUCCAUAAUGGAAUCGAAUACGGUGAUAUGCAAUUGAUUUGUGAAGCAUACGAUUUAAUGCGAUCAAUUGGAAUGAAUCAAGAGGAAAUGGCUCAAGCGUUUGAAGAGUGGAAUAAAGGAGAAUUAGAUAGUUUUCUAAUUGAAAUUACACGUGACAUACUUCGAUACAAAGAUACCGAUGGUAAAUAUUUGUUAGAGAAAAUUCGUGAUUGUGCUGGACAAAAGGGUACUGGAAAGUGGACUGCUAUUGCUGGUUUACAAUACGGUAUUCCUGUAACCCUAAUUGGUGAGGCUGUAUUUGGACGAUGUUUAUCAGCGUUACAAAAUGAACGCCAAAUCGCAAGUAAAAUUUUACCUGGUGUUGGAGAUAUAAAAUUCAAUAAAGAUAAGAAGAAGUUUACGGAAUCGAUUCGUGAUGCACUUUACGCUAGUAAAAUUGUAUCAUAUUCACAAGGAUUUAUGUUGUUGCGACAAGCUGCUGAAAAUCAUAAUUGGAGUUUAGAUUAUGGAUCUAUCGCUUUAAUGUGGCGUGGAGGUUGUAUUAUUAGAAGUGUAUUUUUGGGUGAUAUCAAAGAAGCAUUCGACAAAGAUCCAAAACUGACCAAUUUAUUACUCGCACCUUUCUUUGUCAAAGCAAUGAGUCGUUGCCAAAAAGGUUGGCGUGAAGUGGUUGCAACAGCAUCCGAGUUAGGUAUUCCCAUACCAGCAUUCAGUUGUGCCCUAUCAUUUUAUGAUGGAUAUCGUGCCGCAAGAUUACCUGCCAACUUAUUACAAGCACAACGUGAUUACUUUGGUGCACAUACGUAUGAACUUUUGGGAAAAGAAGGAAAAUGGGUACAUACAAAUUGGACGGGGCAUGGUGGUAAUGUAUCGGCUAGUACUUAUCAAGCCUAGAACUAUUUACAUGACAAUUUAAAAAUAAUAAAUUAUAUAACUAUGUUGUUAAUGUUCCACUUUGUACAAAUUUAUGUAUAUAAUAUUUAAAUAAAUUUUAGUUUUAUUUAA